CGUUUUGUCCUUUGAUAAUUUCUGCUAAUAAUCGCAAGUCAAAUCGCUGGUCAAAACUACUAGUGCCUUUUACAUCGUCAAUAUGAAUGCUCAUUUCUUAAUGCUAAGUUUUCUUUAUUUCACGACAAUUUCGAGCAAUUCAAUUGAAAGAAUCAUCGGUGGCUCAGACGUCAAUAUCGAGUCAGUUCCUUAUAUGUUGUCACUGAUGUUGAAUGGUAAAUACGCAUGUAGUGCUGCUAUAAUAAACAAUAAUUGGGCUGUAACAGCAGCCCAUUGUAUAACAGCAGUUAAUGAUCCUCUUAACGAAAUCACCGUAUGCAGUGGAUCCUCCAUUCUCUACGAGAAUUGUGUCCUUCAUAAUAUUGUUGAUUUUUCUGUACAUGAAAACUACAAUAGCAUGAUCAAUGAUUAUGAUAUUGCUGUUAUCAAAGUAACACCUACGUUUACAUACAACAGUUUUACGAAAGCUGUUGACUUGGCACCAGAUAACGCCGAAAAUGUCUUCACAAAAUGGGGUGCAGUUUGCGGCUGGGGAUAUUAUUUGAUAAUUGAUGAUUAUAUCGAUCCAGUUCUGCCCAAAACUCUGCAGUGUAUCGAAAUACCGCUAAUAGAAAGAGAGUUAUGCUGCGAAGAUUAUAAAGAUAGAUACGUAAUAACACCACGAAUGUUAUGUUAUGGAUAUCAGGAUGGAGCCGAAGAUUCUUGUAAAGGUGAUUCUGGAGCAUCGCUAGUUAACAAGGAUAAUAUUCUGCUCGGUAUAACUUCAUGGGGAGACGGUUGCGCAGAAAUAUAUUCACCCGGCGUAUACACUAAUGCUAUAUAUCUUCGACAUUGGAUUAAAAAUAAAACUGAAAUGGAUAUUUAAGAUAUUUAUUAAUACUUACCAUAAGUAUAUAUACGUGUUUUUUGCGAUAUAAUACAAGUUUCAAAUUUAUAUUUAAUUUACAGAAUUAAGAAAAAUAUCAUCUUAUCAAUGUUUGAUUGGAAGACACUUUCAAUGAUACAAAAUUCUAUUAUUUUUUCAAAGAAAAGUAAUAAAAACGUCAAGUUUACGCGUCCAUUCAAGAAAUUGUUAUACAAAAAAUGUUAUUUCUUCUACAA